AUGUCGACCUUGCAGGGGAAGAUUGUUGUGGGCCUACUGGCGGCCGGUCCGCCUGCUGCACUCCUCUUACGAACCUAUCUGGAUCCACAGUACCUGGCAAGCUCCUCCAAAACGCUCAUCCUGCUCUCUGUCAUUAUCUGCGCUGUGAUCCUGAGGAAUGUCACUGUUCCAUACUUUACAAGCCCUCUGCGCCACCUUCCCCAGCCGCCCGGAGAGAGACUUCUGACAGGCCAUCUGCUAGAAGAAUUCGCCAAACCAAUAGGCAGUACACUGCGCCGGUGGGUUGACAACGUCGACAAUGCGGGCUUGAUAUUCUAUCGCGGAAUACUGCACUGCUUCCCACGCCUGCUACUGACUACCCCCGAGGCUCUACAUGAGGUGCUCAUUACACAUGCCUACGACUACCAAAAGCCCUCACCAGGUCGAAUCUUGCUCUCACGAACCACGGGACAGGGCCUUGUCGUAGUUGAAGGGCACGAGCAUAAACUACAAAGGAAAAGCGUAGCGCCUGCAUUCACGGGAAAGCAGAUUAAAGACCUCGUUCCGUUGUUUUGGUCAAAGUCAAAGGAGUUUGUCGAUGUCAUUGCUAAUCAACUCGAUGUACCAUCUGGCUUGAACCAGGCUGGGGGACGCACAGGUGUCGUGGAUCUCACCAAAUGGACCUCUCGCGCCACGCUAGACAUCAUCGGUCAAGCCUGUGUCGGUCGAGACUUUGCYUCUCUAUACAAUCAGGAUGAUGAGUUCGUACAGCAGUAUGAUAAGAUUCUGGGCAAGGUGCCUGGCAAUAUCUUAGUCUAUGGUGCCUUGAGUGUGCUUAUCCCUAUUCACAUCGGACGCUGGGUCCCAUUCUUCACCCGAUUCCGCCAGGCUUCCGACGGAAGGUACCACCUGCGUCCCCUUUGUCGCAAUCUCAUCGAGAUCAAACGACGAGACAUGGAGUCCGAAUCCGCUAAGCAUGUUGACAUCCUUUCUGUCCUCAUUCGUUCGGGCCAGUUCACAGACGAUGGUCUCGUUGAUCAGCUACUCACAUUUCUUGCUGCUGGUCACGAAACAACCUCAGGCGCUUUGAGCUUUACUGCUUGGCUUCUCAGCAUCAAUCCUUCGGUCCAGAACAAGCUCCGCGCAGAGCUUCGCGAGUACUUUGCCGUCAACACUGACAUUACCGCUGCUUCUCUCGAUCAGUUGCCUUACCUAAACGCCGUGACGAACGAACAGCUAAGACUAGUCCCAUCCGUUCCUACAACAGCCAGAGUAGCCAUCCGCGACACUCAAAUCCUCGGCCAGCACGUUGCCGCAGGCACACAUAUUGUCAUCAGCCCUUGGGCCAUCAACCGUAGUCAGAAGAUCUGGGGCCCCGAUGCCGAGGAAUUCAGACCAGAGCGAUGGCUCGAGCAAGAGACGUCGAAAAGUCCGCUGAAUCUGAUGACUUUCUUGCAUGGACCGCGCAGUUGUAUUGGACAGGCAUUUUCUCGCGCAGAACUCAAGUGCUUGGUGGCCGCUUUGGUUCACAAGUUUGAGCUGAAGAUGGCUGAUCCGGGAGAAGUCAUCGAGCCGGUGGGGCUGGCAACGGUCAAGCCGAAGAAUGGUCUGAGACUGCUACUGAGGGAGUUGUGA